AUGCUGUGCGCAAUCUCUGGCGAGGCGCCGCAACAGCCCGUCACGUCGCGCAAGUCUGGCAACAUCUUCGAACGGCGCUUAAUAGAGGCUUACAUCUCCGAGAACGGCACCGACCCUGUCACCGGCGAAACCCUUACACUUGACGACCUUCUCGACCUAAGAUCUUCUCGCGUGGUCAAGCCUCGCCCGCCGCAGCUCACGUCUAUCCCGGCAUUACUGAGCACCUUCCAGAAUGAGUGGGAUGCGAUUGUGCUGGAGAGCUUUCAGCUGAAGCAGCAGCUUGCGGAGACCAGACAGGAGUUGAGCACUGCACUGUACUACAAUGAGUCGGCGCAGCGCGUGAUCGCGCGGUUACAGCAGGAGAGGAACGAGGCUAGGGAUGCGCUUGCCAGGGUGCAGGUGACCGGCUCGGCGGCGAACGGUGUCAACGGCGCUACCAACGGUGACGCGAUGCAGGUGGAUGGACAGGGUCUGCCAGACGACGUUGUUGCGAAGAUCGAGGACACGCAAGCACGACUGCAAGGCACGCGCAGGAAGAGGCCGGUACCUGCGGACUGGGCGACCGGAGAACAGGUGGCGACCUACGAGGUGAAGAGCACGGCAGACUCGCAGUUCACCGGCGCGAAAAAGCUGGCGGUGGACGAGACUGGCGACUUCUUCCUGUGCGGUGAUUCAGACGGCGACAUCGGCGUGUACGAUGCCAAAGCUGGCGCAUUCACCACGAGGAGCAACACCGGCGCUGGGGGCAUUACAGGCGGGGCGUGGGUGCGUGAUCAGGCGGUCGUGUCUACUUCGAGCGGUGCAGUAGUCGUCAGCCAGGGCGGCUCGGUGGUCAAGAAGUUCCAUCAGCAUGCCGGUGAGGCUUCGGCGGUCGCUGCUCAUCCCUGCGGCGAGAUUCUGGCGUCUGUAGGCGCGGACAAGAGCUAUGUGCUCUACGACCUGCAUUCGUCGAAAGUGCUUACCCAAAUCUACACCGACUCCGAACUCACGACCGUCGCCUUCCAUCCAGACGGCCACCUCCUCGCCACCGGAACCUCGACAGGCAGCAUCAAGCUGUUCGAUGUCAAGUCGGCGCAGACAUUGCAUACCUUCCCGGCUCCUUCGCAAGCACCAGUCCAAGCCCUGACCUUCUCGGAGAAUGGCACCUGGCUCGCCUCAGCCAACGCCAACUCGACAUCAGUCCAGGUCUGGGACCUCCGCAAGACGAACUUGCUCAAGACGCUGGACGUCGGCACUGCCGUUCAGGGGCUGGCCUGGGACUACACCGGACAGUUCCUUGCUGCUGCUGGACCAGGUGGCGUGGUGGUCAGUCAGUACAUCAAGGCUAACAAGGCGUGGGAGGAGCCGCUCAGGAAGGCGGUUGGCGCGGUCGAUGUUGCGUGGGGUGCUGGCGCGAGGGCGGUGGUGGCGUUGACGAAGGAGGGCGGGAUUAGUGUUCUCAGUGCGUAG